AAGCAUAUCAAGUGAGUCGAUGUCAGCGCCUGCUCGCUACGACAAGUCGGACAAAGACAAAUAUGAGGGCAGGCACAGCAAGAAAAAGGCUAAGAAGCACAAGCACAAGCACAAAAGCCAUCACAAGCACCGCACGUCUGAGAGAGAGAAACCGGACAGGAGACACCGCCACAAGCACAAGCAGAAGCGGCACAAGAGCGAGCGGUCGCCGGACGACGUGUCGCCGAAGAGGCUGCGCAUCGACGAGGGGUCAGAGGUCGGCGAGCAAGAGCCGAACCUUGAGCUGCUGGAGCAGCAGAAGGCGCUGCUGCAGGCGCAGCUCGCCGGCACUAGUAUCGGCAUGAUCGCGCACGACUACGGCUCGGCAUCCGACGACGAGGAGGGAGAGCUCGACCGUCCGCCGCGUGCCUGCCACGACAUCGUGACGCUCGCCGAUGACCACCCCCAGGGGGCGCCGGAUUCGGACGACGUCGAGGUGAUCUCGGACGGCGGCUGCGCGGCAGAGGGGGAGGACAACUCCGACGUGUUGGAUUAUGUCGAUCAGCUGCUGGAGCAGCACGACCACACAUCACUGCCGACUUCGCCGCAACGCCGGCGGUCGACGCCCCACGAGGUGGCACCACCGUCGUCCGUGUCGAAACAUCGGCGAGCGGAGGGGUUGAGAGACAGGAAGGUCGGCGGGUCAGGUGUAGAGCCACGGCGAUUCGUCGAGGAGCCACAGACGCCGGAGAACCACAAGGAGAAUCAAUCGCCAAGCGGUGAGGGCGCCACCUCAUGGCAGAAACCCGAGGUGAUUCUCAUCGAUGACCGGAGCAGCCAUUCGCCAAAGAGGAAGGAGCCGCUGUCAAAGGAGAGGCAGUCAACAAGUGCCAGCAGACGCGGGCGCAGCAGGUCUCCGAGGAGGAAGAGUCGGUCCCCGAGGAAGGAUACCACAAAGAGGAAGAGUCGAUCUCCAAAGAGGGAACGUUUCCAGAAGAGGAGCCGCUCCCCGAGGAAGGAGUCCGUCUUGAAAAGCCGGUCCCCUAGAAGAGAGGAAAUAUCCAGGAAGCAGAAGAGCCGGUCACCAAGAAGGGAAGUGAAGCCACGACCCUCUCCACCUCGCUCUCCGGCGCGGAGGAGUAGGUCUCCGAGGAAGAGGUUGUCUCCGGCGAAGCGAAGGAGUCCUUUACCGAUGAGAAGAAGGAUGUCAAGAGAGAGGUCACCACAUCAAAGAAGAGGGAGAGAUAUGGAUAGACUAGGAAGACCACAUAUGAUGAGAGGAAGACAUUGGAGACGAAGUCGGAGUCGGUCUAGGGACAGGCGAAGGUCAAGAUCACCUGUUGAUAUAUUCAAGGGUAGCCUUUCUGAGGGCAUGAAGAAAGCGGAUGCCAGCUCAGAUGAUGAAGUUUUAGACAUAGAAAUCCCCGAUGAAGAUGAAGAUGAAGAGGCAAUUAUUGAGAGGAGGCGUCAACAGAGGGAGGCACUGUUGAAGAAAUUGGAACCAGCACUGACAGUGGAACAGCCAUAUUCAGAGAGUAAUAGCAAUGCAUCGGCGCUCUCUGACGAUGAAACUCGUGAUAACUCGAGAGGAACUUCCCAUGAGCAUGACUCCAGGUCAAGCAGUCCUAAUUCAGUGGAUUUGGCUCGUGAGGUGGAGGAGGAUCUUAAACGUGACAUCGAUGACCAGAAGGAGUACGACUUUGAAGCGUCGCGCUAUGACAAGAUAAAGAACAUCGAGGAAGGCGAGGAGGAAGGAACAGAAAAAGCGAAACCGUUGACAACGGUUUUUGCCGCUGACACAGACAUGUUUGGCGAAAAUUAUGAGAGUCCUGCGACAGUAGCAGCGAAGCAUAUGCGAGGCUCCGAGAAUCCCAGUCUAACAGAUAACUGGGACGAUGCAGAGGGCUACUACAGAGUGCGGAUAGGAGAGAUGCUGGACUCACGUUAUGCUGUGUAUGGCUUCACUGGUCAAGGUGUGUUCAGUAACGUAGUGCGUGCCAGGGAUCAGGCACGUGGCACCAUGGAUGUUGCCAUCAAGAUCAUUCGCAACAAUGACAUCAUGCACAAGACCGGCAUCAAGGAGCUGGAGCUGCUGAAACGCCUCAACGAUGCCGACCCAGAUGACCGCUUCCACUGUCUGCGACUGCAUCGCAACUUCUCACACAAGAACCACCUCUGUCUUGUGUUCGAGUCUCUCAGCAUGAACCUGAGGGAGGUGCUAAAGAAGUAUGGCAAAGACGUGGGCCUACACAUCAAGGCAGUGCGCUCAUACACACAACAGCUGCUGCUCGCCCUCAAGCUGAUGAAGCGGUGCAACAUCAUCCACGCUGACAUCAAACCUGACAACGUGCUGGUGAAUGACUCCAAGCUUGUACUGAAGCUAUGUGACUUCGGCUCUGCAUCCUUUGUUGUGGAAAAUGAAAUCACUCCCUACCUAGUGAGCAGGUUCUACCGAGCACCAGAAAUUAUAAUUGGUAAAUCCUACGACUUUGGCAUUGACCUGUGGAGUGCCGGGGUAACCAUUUAUGAGCUGUACACGGGUAAGAUCAUGUUCCCAGGCAAGUCCAACAACCAAAUGUUAAAAUUGAUGAUGGACUGGAAGGGCAAGAUGCCCAACCGCAUGAUCAAGAAAGGAGCAUUUCGUGACCAGCACUUUGAUAACAACUUCAACUUCCUCUACCGAGAGGUGGAUAAAGUGACAGAGCGGGAGAAGGUGACCGUGAUGAGCACGAUCAACCCGACCAAGGACCUCCUCGCUGAUCUCAUUGGCUUCCAGCGUUUGCCUGAGGACCAGCUGCGCAAGGUCACGCAGCUGCGCAACCUGCUAGAGAAGAUGAUGAUGCUCGACCCUAGCAAGCGACUCUCACUCAACGACUGCCUCAAGCAUCCGUUCAUACAGGAGAAGAUAUAGUGUGCUGCCUGCUGUGUGUACAUGGGGGCUGUGCUGGGUGGGGAUGGAGAAUGGCCAGGUGCUGGUGUAAAUGGAUCCGUUCGCCGGUUGCUCUCCACCCUGACUUCCAUAUCAGUCCCCACUAGUCGUAACGUUCUGCUGAUAGCAUGUUGGAGAGGCAGGGAAAUAUUCUCCAGCAGUUGCCCACUACCUCUUAGCAUUGCUGGUUCCUCGCUGGUUGAGCAGAGGGGUUAGGAAAUGGCUUUCUGGUACUUCUAGGCCUGUCAGUAAAAGCUCUCCCACUGCUUCUCCAAAGCAGCAACUGCAUUGGUGGAACGGGAAGAAAUACGCGAGAUAAGUAUUCAUACCAAAGGGAUCUGUGCUGCAAAAUGCAUCUAUAUUGACCAACCAUUAACACCUGUAAGCACACUCGGUGUUGGGGCGGUUGUUAACCUGCCUACUAAGGUCAUACCUGUGGGUACCUAUGUUGUUUUACACAGUUGUAGUUUUGCCUCCACAUACCAGUGCUUCUGGGUGAAUUUCUUAUAGCUCGUUUGUGCAAAUUACCGUAUUAGGAAAGUGUGUUAUUGUAUCGCAAUGAGGUAUUGAGUAAUUUUGUUGAAUCCAGUUAUUUAUGAUUAUCAGAGUACAGUUAUUUUGUCAGCACGUGUAUGAGAGUGCAGAUAUUGGCUUCAGAAUGAAUUUGUCGUUUAUCUCCUAAGGAGUGCUAGCACAUGAUUGAAACAUUCCAGAAGUGUUUAAAAAAAAUUGCAAUAUGUCAUAAGAAUACCAUGUCACUAGUUCCUUAUAAGAACUAGGUGUAAUAAUGUUUCAGAGUGACUGGAUGUUGAGACCUCUGUACAUCAGUCAUCCCAAGUUUUCUGUAAUAUUUUGGGGUUUCAAAUGCUAGAGUAAUUGGGCAUAGUUAACUUUUAUUCAGGUUUCGGCAUUGUACUGCACGCCACAGGUGGCAGCAGUUGGACAUUAACCAUGGUAAAUGUGUGCUGCUGCAGUUGUUGGUAUAUGGCUACUGUUCAGUAAGUACUAUGGAUCAUACUUUUUGCAUGUACACACAAUAUAGCAGUUAUCACUGGCCAGAUGUACCAUAUAAACCGAUUUACAAAACGUUUUCUUUGUGUUUGGAUGGAUUGAGAUUCGAAGUGUUCUAAAAUGGAAUUGUGUAGUAAAUAUUUCGUGCUUUUAACUGCUGGUUUAAUUUAACCUGCUGCAGACACAUUACAAAUGUGAACUAUUAUUUGCAAGUUUUAAUUAAAGUGUUGCAGUUCUUUACAUAGUAGAUUAUAUUGUGGAAACCGAUUCUUUAAGAGCAAAUUCAACAGGUAAUUUCGCUUGUGAUUAAAUCGUUUGUAAGCUGACUGACGAGUAAAGUAAAGGCCAAGAUAGGUCAAAACAGUUGCAAGGAAACGACUUCUUGUUUGAUAUAUCACGUUUGUGUUUAUGUCCUAUUAUUAGUUGAAAUCAUGUUUGUGAAUACAGGCAGGCAUAUUAUUUUAGGUAUUGCUGGACAUUAAAUUUCAAGAGCAGAGGGAAGCAUAUGUAGGAAUAAUAAUAGCUAAUAAAUUGUGCACAAGAAACAUACGUGUAGAGUGUAGAUGAGGGAAGAUCAUUGAGGUCUUACAAAUGUUAGUCUCGCUGUGAUCGUGAUAUCGUGUUAUUUUGUUGUUUCAGUAGGUUGGACAGUUUUAACUGCUAUCAGGAUUUAGAAUAAAGACACAGUAUGACAAAGUGGUAAUGACAGUGUUCAGCCUGGUAUUGACUGCAUCAACCCAAUUGCCACCCUGCUCUGCUCCACUCUGGGAGAGGUGCUGCUACCUGGUGGUAAACUCCAUCUCUUCUACGUGCCACAAUUAUACCACUCAUGCAGUUGUUGAAGUGACAGCACCAUGCUGUAACGUAAUGGUUACGCACAUAAUUACCCCCAAUUUAAACUGUAAUGGUCAAUAUUUUAUUAAUAUAUUUUUGCUAGAAAGAAAUCUAUCUUUACUGCAAUUAUAGAUGUAUCUUCCAGCGCCAAUAUAUAAAUGUAUAAAAACACUUAUACAUGAUUUUGUAUAAGCAUACGAAGUAUGCAAGGACACAAGUAUUGUCUCCUUAAGAGUGUGUACAGCUUUGGGUUUAAAUGUUCAAAUGUGUUUACAGUUAAAGCAGUUUCCCAAAGAUUCAUGGUAGGGUGGCAAUAGGGUCUGCUUGUUAUAUAUAGCAUUUUCAUUUACAUAUAUACAUACAUACAUACAUACAUGCUAUGUGCUAGUGGUUCUGGUGUAUCCCGUGGUGGAAGAAUGAGCUAGUCUUGGGUGGAUUAUGUGGGGUAUAAGGAAAGGUGUUGGUUGAGCCAUGUCAGGGAUUACCAAAAGCAGAAUGGUCUUCCUCUGCUUUGCAUAUAAGUGUAUACACAUAAUUUCCACAUCAUUGGACAGUUCAUUUCUGUUAAACUAACAUUAUUAAUUGACACCAAAUGAUAGUAAACGAUGUAGAAAAUUACUUUUAACAACAAGUUCCUAGCAAAAGUCCUUGAAAGUCAACUCUAUGAUAUUGUUAGCUGCCAAAUGAUAAACUAGUGGCAAUGUUGGAAAUGGGCCAGAAAGGGUUGAGAACCAUGACAUAUAUAAUGCAUACACCAGUGUUCAUUGUAUUACUUGCUUUACAUUAUUUGUGAUUCACACUUUGACAUAUUGAUAGACUCCUUUUCACGAUUGGAUUGCCCGGAUAAGUAGAUUUUUUAUGUACUUGUUCAUUUGCAUAAGUAUCAAUGCUUACCCUAGCUCUUGGGAGUCGAAAUAAUGCACUGCAUACAGAGAAUGAAGGGUGUGAUAGCUUGCACCACUAAUAUUUCAUCAUACACAAACCCUAGAGCCACAUAGCGGCUGUCCAACUCAGACGUCAUGUUCGUUUUCAACACACAUACAGGUUCGUGGAGACAGGAUGUUUCACAGAAUCGCUGGGCGUGGCACCGGAUACGUUCGUGGCAUUGGCAAUGGGUUUUCCACUGGGUACCAAACAGCACUCCGGGAGUGAGUGACGGAAGACCCAAUGACGACCAAACCUGCCGGAACGAUUUUUGCCACUCUGGUGGAAAGAUAUGUGAUUUUGUACUUCACGUAAUGCAGCAUCUGUGAAUUUGCAGGAGCGUUGUGAACUUUGCUAGUUGCUGUUGGCAAAAACAGCCAUCGAGGAAGAAAGAUUACCCAAACACAGUGUUUUUGCCAACUCCGGCACAUUUGUCUUUGUUCACUUCUUAUGUACUAUGUGAUACAGUUGCUGUACAUCCUUCUGUGCAUUGCUCUCUUCUGGUAGACUGCUGCCACCUUCCAUCUGCACGAUGUACGAUUUUCAUUCUAGAUUAAUGUUUUCGUGCAAAGCUGUGUGCCGGCAUACACCAGCUCUCGUUCUAUAGCUUUCAUUGCUCCACUUCAUGGUGGAGUGAUACACAGCAACGAAGGCAUUAUAACUAGAGUUAGGCAUAUCAGUGGUGGCUAUACAUCAAUUCCCUCCCGCUAUCUUCACUAUGAAUGUUUUCCCAUUUAUCCAACCCUGGAUGCAAGGAGUGCCAUGCAAAGUGUGUCACGUAAUGCGUGGUUGUGUGAGAAAAGAAUGUCUGGCUGUUUUUUUUCUGUUUCAGGAGGCAGUACCUAAACACGUCUCAGUACUGAUAAUAGAAGUCACGAAUAUGCCACUUAGCAACAUACAGAGGGAGCCUUCGAGACAAUGUGUGUUCGUCAACGGUGGAAGAGGUGGUAUCAUCACGUUGAAACGUCUCAUGCUGAAGUAUAUUUGCAGUUAGAUCCUGGAUAGCAUUGGUUCCUCUAUCAUCUUACUACAUUAUUUUCCGUACACUCGUGUGCAAUAGAUAGUUGGGGUUACUCGUGGUAGAAGUCACUUUUAUUCUUUUCAAGAAUUGCAAUGCAUUAUGUCAUAGCAGGUACAGCUGUGACCAUAAUUUCACUGACAUUUACACCAAUAUAUGAAUAGUAGCUAGAUAAUUUAUUUACCAGAUAUUGCAGGCGUGUGAAGGCUUCUUGGGUCCUUGAUCAUUUGUCACCAAAAUAUGUCGUGGAAAUUAUGACUGCAAUUUGAAACUCUAAAUUUCUGUCCAUGAUCUUAGUGAUAUUUACGAUUAUUGCUCCAACUUUUUCUGAGGUAGGCAUGUAUUUUCAGUUUACAUUGCUGGUUAAUGUAAAUUGUAAUGCCACUAACAUUAAAUCAGCAUAUAGCUUUUAAAGAAUG